CAUCGAAAAAUUCCGACAAAGUGCGGCGACCCAGUGAAACAAGAUCAAACAAGAGUGGCAUGACGUCAGCGGCAGGCAACGACGUUAUUUACAAGAAUGGCUCGCAUUGUUGGCGCGACAAAGGCAAUGAUUUCUUGGCGGGCAGCUGCUGCAGCACGCACGUCUUGGCGAGGGGUGGCACCCCUAUCCGAGGACGGCUUGAGGGGCACCCCUCUCUGCACCUGCCCUCGAGCAGUUUGGUUCAGUGUGAGCUGCGACAGCAUGCGAUUCGGUCGCAGCCGAUGAUGGGCCAGGCGGUGGCCGUGGCGCCCUCCUUGCCCAUGGGGGCUCCUGACCUGUUGCCCGACGAGGACCCCCUGAUCGAGCGCUACGUCGCCGACAUCCGCGCCUCCUCGCGCAGCCUGAUGCUCAAGAGGAACCUGCUCGGAGGCAGCUUCCACAGGGACACGCCAUCGGCCAGGUUCGCCAGGUCGACGUCGUGCGUGCACGCCGCUACCAAGGAUGCGGGCCGGAAGGCGUGGGAGUUCCCGAACAACAGGAUGAGCAGUGCGGGCACCGUGGCCGCCGCUCCGCUGGCCUCCAGUGCGGGCGGCCGCCCCCCGGCCGACUACUACUCUUCCAGUAUGCUGUCGCAACACUCGCCACACCGCGAGGUUGUGAGGAACCGCGUCGCCGCGCCGGCCUCCGGGACGGCGGCCAGCGCGCGGGGCCGUCUGGGUGGCGUGCGGGCCUCCUACAACGAGCGCCUCGCCUCCAGAUACCAGCCCAGCCACCAGCACCACCACCCACCCCCGCUGGCCGCCGCCCCCGUCAGGGAGCUCGUCUACCGAAGCAACUCCAGUCUCGAGCUGGAACCGGAAGAGGUUUCGCCUGGUCCAUUGCGCAGGGAAUACGGCAGCCACGGCUCCAUCGACAUGCUCGGUGACGGGCCCAGUCCCGGCCAGGGCAGCUUUUUUGCCCUGCUGCAGGACUUCAAACACAAGGCGCCGCCGGAUCAGCGCAGUCCUGGACCCGCCAGAAUUGUUGACGUUCUCAGGGGCAAGGUUGAUCAGCUCCAGCUAGAUCCAGUAGCCUCCGCUCAGUCAUCCAAUGGUGGCGUUGCGUCUGGUUUGGAGAAUGAGCACGAUGCUGCUAGUCCAAAGAUGAAAACCAAGCUGCAUAAAUUCUGGGGUGAGAAGUCGGUGAAGAAGGAGGCGGAGCAGCCGCCGAGCAUUUUCAAAAAGCUGCGAGGAAAAGCGCAGACUGAGGACGGAGUAGACGGCUCGUCCGCAGUGGCCACUGAUGACGAAAAAGAGAGGCAGCGGCGGCGGGCGUUUGCCCACUACGACUGUCAGAGUCUGACCGCCAACCUGCCUUUGGCCGCUUCCAGACUGAAGAACCUGCUGCUGCUGCGGCGGAGGAAUACGGCGACCGGCGCGUCGGCCGCGUCCAUGCGGUCCUCGACGCCAGACGCCCCGCUCUCGAACGGAAACAGCUCCAGCUGCGAGCACCUCGACGAGGACUCUGGCGACGGCAGGCAAAACGAGCUGCUGGACAGCUGCCCAUUCUUCAGAAACGAAAUCGGCGGCGAGGAGGAGAGGGAGGCUGGCUUGACCAAAAUCGCCACCCCCCAGCGAAGGGCUCAGCAAACACCUGUCCCGCCGAUCAUGCACCGUCCACCGCUCGCCUACGGAAUUUCCGUUCUUGAGUCGACGCCUAGCGAGUGCCUGUGGAGGAGCGCGGCUUGUCCCUACCAGAAGCCAAACCGUCCCAUCGAGAGCACUGACCAAGGAGCGCUUUACUACAGAAAACAUUUCUUAGGACAAGAGCACCAAAAUUGGUUUGGUCUGGACGAGAAUUUGGGGCCAGUCGCCAUCAGCAUUAAAAGAGAAAAGGUUGAUGAUAGUCAGCACUCGACGCAAAUGGACAGUAUAGGGUCGACUUUGUAUCAGUACAGGAUUAUCGUUAGAACUAGUGAGCUGCUGACCCUGAGAGGUGCUAUUCUUGAAGAUGCUAUACCUAGCAGCAAGGCGAAUAAAGGGGCCAGCAUGAAGGAUCUAUUGGAAUAUGUGGCGCCAGAAAUCCAACACCAGUGUUUGCGGCUUGGCGUGUCUGCUACUGCGACUGAAGAGCAACUCGCGAAGCUGGACGAGCAGGGCCUAAGCAACCACUACAAAGUAGGAGUGAUGUACUGCAGGGCUGGACAGGGCACCGAGGAGGAAAUGUACAACAACGAGGAGGCUGGGCCUGCGUUCAGCGAGUUCCUCGAAACCAUCGGCCAAAGAGUCAGGCUCAGGGGCUUUGACAAGUACAAAGCCGGCCUUGACAAUAAGACUGACUCGACAGGCCUGUACUCUGUGUACUCGCAGUACCAGGAAUGUGAGGUCAUGUUCCACGUCUCCACCCUUCUACCUUUCACACCCAACAACAGGCAACAGCUGCUGCGCAAGAGGCACAUCGGCAACGAUAUCGUCACAGUCGUCUUCCAAGAGCCUGGUGCUCUUCCCUUCACACCAAAGAACAUUCGCUCGCAGUUCCAGCACGUUUUCAUCGUGGUGCAGGCCAUCAGCCCGUGCACGGAGAGCGCUCACUACAAAGUCGCGGUGAGCAGGUCCAAGGACGUGCCGAUCUUCGGUCCUCCGCUGCCUGAAAAUGCCUCCUUCCCCCGGUCGAAGGAUUUCGCCGACUUCCUCUUGGCCAAAGUGAUCAAUGCUGAGAACGCGGCGCACCGGUCGGAGAAAUUCGUGACGAUGGCCACCAGGACGAGGCAGGAGUACCUCAAGGACCUGGUCGCCAACCACAGCACCUCCACGGCCAUCGAGACCAGUCAGAAAUUCUCAAUGCUGUCGUUCAGCAGUAAAAAGAAGGACAAAUCCAACUGCACCCAGAGGAGAUCAGUGGCUGAGUCGUUUCAGCAAAGGGGAGCGGUGGUUUGGCAGGUCGUGCUGGACGACAGCGGCCUCUCCAGCAAGGUCGAUUGUCUUUUGGGAAUCUCGUUUGAAACUCUUGUCUUGAUCGAGGAGAGCUCGCGGGACAUCAUCUUUGUGACGCCGUGCAGGUCGAUUUUGGGAUGGUCUGCAAGUGGUAGCAGCCUGCGCAUUUAUUACCACCAAGGCGAGUGCAUCACUGUCCACGUUAGUCAGGACAGCGAGCGAGACGAGCUGAUGGAGCUGGUCGUACGCCUCAGGACCGUCAGCCCUGGCUGUCCAGUGCAAGAGAUGGCCCUGCGCAGGAACGGCGCGGGCCAACUCGGUUUCCACGUGCAGCCGGACGGAGUGGUCACUCAGGUAGAGCCGGCUAACCUGGCGUGGCAGGCGGGUUUGCGACAGGGUGCUCGGCUGGUCGAGAUCUGCAAAGUCGCCGUGUCGACGCUGUCGCACGACCAAAUGGUCGACCUCCUCAAGACGUCCAUCAUGGUCACCGUCACUGUGAUACCACCCCAAGUGGAUGGAGUGACGAGAAGGGGCUGCAAUUUGCCCAACUGCAAAUAUACUCUGAGCAAUUACGAGGGCGACUAUGAGAAUGUGAAUGGACACGAUGACAUGGUCAAUGGGAAAAGUCACAGCAAGCAGGCAUUUCAGCAGGCUGCGGCCAACCACAAGAAGAGUGCCAAAUUAAAAUACAAGCAAGGAAAUACACAAAACAUAAAGAGGUAUGAGCGCAGCCUGUCGCCGCCCCGCUCGAGCAACAGCUCCGGCUACGGCACCGGCAGCAGCAGCAAGUCGUUCAAAGCCAGAGAGACGCGUUUCGCUGCCAACCCCGAGGGCACGAUGACCAGCUCGUCGAGCGGCCACUCGGGCGACGAGCGUGACCGGUGGUACGAGAUGAUGGAGGUGUCGGAGAACGGAGACACGCCGCCGCCGCUGCCCAUCAGGCUGGGCGCCAACGGCAUCAGCGCCUUCCACCAGGUUAAAGCGGCCGGGCGGCCGCAGGAGCAGACAUACCUCUCGUCGUCCGCCACGUACCCAGUCGGCCCAGUGCAGGCCUUCCCCACGCCCUACGUCGAGUUUGACGCGCCCGCCGCCCUCGAGAAGCAGCAAGACGCCGUCCGAGGUGCCAAGAGCAGGUCCGAAAAGGCUAUGGAGUACCUCACCAGGGCACCAAAGAUGUCCGAUUUCGCCCAACCGACGGAGCACCUUUUGAAAAGCACUAGUCUUCCGCCUGAGAUGGCAGUCAGGAGUGAUAUCGUCAGAGGCAUGGGCAGCCACAGUGAUACCCAUUCCAAUGGGACGAGUUCGCCGUCAGACAGACUCCUUGGAGCUCGCAGUGAAGACGAACUCUCUGCAGGCAGUGUGAGCAACAUGUCACCCCGGCUGCGGCGUGGCAAGCGCGGCGAGGCGCCCCUGACGGCUUCGAGCGGCUCGUCGAGGAACCAGAGUCCCCGGACGGUGGGCUCGACGACCCCUGGGGGCCGCAGCGACAACGGAGAGCCGCGGCUGAGGGUCAACGCGGCCGGACGCAGCGGCUCGAACCGCAACAGCGCCAGCCUGAACACGAGCUCUCUGCAGGAGGACCUGAUGCGGCUGAUCAACCCUGACUACACCAUCGACGAGAAGCCCAGCAAGGACGAGGCCAAGCUGCCCGGCGGCAGCAGCGGCAAGCUAAUGCCCGCCGAGCCGAGCAGGAACGUCAGCCGCUCGCGCUCCAGGGAGAACCUGGUCAUGGGCACGCCGCUGUCCAUGCUGGCGCAGCCCGAGCAGCCUGUCGGCCCCGCGGACAAGGCGGCCCAGCCCAGCGAGGUUAUUUUCACCACCGCCCGGCCCGCCACUGUCAUCUCGAACACCUCCACCGCCUCCAGUCCCUCCCCCAGUGAGCAGAAACUCACCAAAGAGGAGCGGUUAUCUCCCAGAGUGGCGAAACUGACUCCACCAAAGUUGCCCCUUCCUGACGCGCGAGAAAUGAACUGGCACAGCCUGGUUGACACUGCGGCCAGGGCCAUGCAAGCCGAGGACGCUAACCUUCUGCCCGACGAGCCCGGCCCCGACGGAGAGGCAGUCGCUGACUCGAUUCCUGAAGCUGCAAGAAAUGGCGAACGGCUCGGACACUGGGUCAAUGACGUUGCGGAGAGACUCGGCUUAGACACAUCUCCAAACAGUGGUCAGCGAAGACAGCAGCAGCAGCAGAAUUCUUCAUCCACCGGGCUGAACACCCUGGAGAACCGAGUGGUUUUGGAAACGCACCGCCGACUCACCCUGGAGGACGAAGUGCGGCGGCUGCGCGACGAAAACCGGCGGCUGCACGAGGAGUCGCAGGCGGCCGCCCAGCAGCUGCGACGCUUCACCGAGUGGUUUUUCAAGACGCUCGACAAGCACUGACCACGACCCACCCGUGACAAUUAUUACAAUUGUGCCUUUCGAGACGAGCAAAGUGGUCGAAACGCCUUACCCCCCCCCCCCCCCCUCCUGUGACUCUCUCCCUUGCUCCUCGCUCUUUAGUGUGAUUGGCGACCUUCAAUCCGAAAUCCGUCAACGUUUCGCAUUCGUACAAGCACAAGAAUGAAAAAGAAAAGCUAGUGGACCAAAUAUGCUGCUUUAAACUGUUAAAUCUAUAUAUUUCUUUGUAUACAAACACGUGUGUAUUUAUUUUUUAAACAAACCAAUCUAUUGUAACAUAUUUAAUCAGUCCGUAGCGUAAGCGAAAUAUUUAAAUGUAUAUAAAAUUAUCGGUUAAGUGCAAUUUGCUUGCAUUAUAUUUGACUAUGAGUAUUUGUUCAGACCAAGCCGUUUUAUCGUGGACUUUCGCGACAUGAUAACUAUUGAAUAAAAAAAUGACAAUCAUCAGUUUCAA